CUUCUUCUCCAGGUGGGGUGUGCAGAGAGGGUAUAAAAGUGCUCCUGUCCCGGAAAGCCUCAUUCCCUCUCAUUCCUUCCUCGUCUCUUCCCUGCACGAGCAGCUCAGGUCAGCCAGCACAGGACCAUGUGCUCCCGCCAGGAGAAGGACCAGUGCCACCGGCAGCAGCGCCAGAGCAGCGGCGGCUGUCACAGCUCCGGGGGUGGCUGUCACAGCUCUGGGGGUGGUGGUGGCUGCCACAGCUCUGGUGGUGGUGGCGGCUGCCACAGCUCUGGGGGUGGUGGCGGCUGUCACAGCUCCGGUGGCUCCGGCUGUCACAGCUCCGGUGGCUCCGGCUGCCACAGCUCCGGCGGCUCCGGCUGCCACGGGAAGCCGCAGGUGCAGGUGCAGCAGCAGCAGCAGCAGCAGGUGCUGCAGGUGCCCCAGCAGAAGAUGAAGUGACAGCGCAGCCCACGCGUUGUGCCAGCGCCAGCAGCCAAGGCCACGCGGGGACCGGCUCCCUCCCACCUCCCCAGAGCUUCCAAACCCUCCUCGGUACCCUCCGGAGCCGUCAUUCCUUGGGAAGGGCCUGGCUGGUGCUUCCCUGGUGCCCCCGGCUGUGUUCAAUAAAGAGUUCCAUUCCCUAAA